ACCCCGUGAUAAGUAUAUAACAGUCCUCUCUCUCUCUCUCUCGUGUUUCCAACACUUGUGCACCACAAAAAGGGUACUAUGUCGGCAGCAACGAAAUGCGAAAUUGAGAGAGAAAUUAACAUGUUACGUCAAAUAAACAAGGCCUGGAAAGAAGCCUACGAUAAAAUAUGGGAAGACAAUCGCACAUUAAAGAUUGUGUUGAAAGAAAUUGUCAAACUAAGAAAAGAUGAAGUAUCCCAGUUUGGCGAGCUAGAGGAGGCACAUAACUUACAAACUCAGCUGAACAAGUGUAAGAAAAAAUUAACAACGCUGGAAUAUAACAGCUGGAAGCUGGAAAAAAAAUACGACAGAAUAAGAAGCAGAUACGAAUGUAACUUAAAAGAAUUGCAGUACUCAAAAACAGGUAGUUAUGGAAUACUUAGGCUCUCGGCAGGUAGAAACAGACUUGAAAUGACAAAACGUUACUUGUAUGAGGAUCAACAAAAGAUCAAGAUGCUACACUCUGUACCAGGCCUUCACAUACCAGGAACAUUUAUUUGUACAGAUUUGACGGAAAAAGACGACAUAGAUGUACCGUCAUGCAGUUUGGUGAAUGAUGAUUUGCAAGACCACACGCUGUUUAAUAGUUAUGAAUAAUUUGUUAAUAUCAUCUAUUCACUUUUCUGUCUCCAAUUUGUGGAUAGAUUAAGUGAGAAUUACAUUUAAAAAUAUAUAUGAAACAUCUGAUCUGAUGUCAUAUGUUCUUCAUUUAGAUGUCUGUUCAAUAAAUUUAAAAGAUUUUCACUUUGUUCUACUGUUAAAAAGGAAGAAAUAUCCCCUAAACUUGUCAUAAGAUCUGUUUAAUGUCCUUUUUAAUUAAGGCCGGUAAAGAACAACAUUUUCUACGAUACGAAUAUUAAGUUUGUAUGAACUAAUACAAUAAGCGCUUGGCACCCCAGACAUGUCCAACGUUCUGGUGUUUGAUUAAUUAGUUAGGUACAUAUAUAUGUAAACAACGUCAGGUAGAUAAUUUUUAACGAGAAUUUGUUGUUAAAUAUUUAAUUUGUUUUGCCAACUUGUGUUAUCUCGUUUUAUUUAGUAAAUUCUCUGAUUUUGAAAUUUCAAAAUAAACUUUCCCUAAAUAGCUUUUUAAAGUUCAAAAGCACCCAUUUAUUUUUUAAAAAACCGCGUUUUAUUUUAUUCAGUUUUAAAUUAUUUUAUUUGGAUGUUAAAUACGCGCCUUUACUCGUUAUUUUUUAUGUCAAAACCGUCGUGCUGUUAUUUCAAGAAUAGUUUGUUUUCAAUUAAAUCUCAUUCACAAAGAAUAUCAAUAUUUCAUAUACUUGCAUUGAAUUUCGUUCUUGAUAUUUAUUUUAUUUAUAUAGCAGCAAGCAUUUACACUAUUUUCUUAUUCCACGUCAUAAUUUUGUAAUUUUAUACGGUUAACCGGAUGUACAAGUUUAGAUAUACGAAUUUUCUUAAUGUAUUUUUCCUUCUGAUCAAAUUAUUCGCUCUUUUUGAAAAUAGAUUAAGGACAGAGUAAAUAAAA